AUGAGCCGGAGGUUGCAAGAGAUCCUCGCAGACCCGGCGAAGACCGAUGUUGGCAUGAAGGUUGCGUCCGACUCUGCAUUUCCGGUCAGUGGCAGGUGUACUGGCCGCAUUGUGACCCCGCUGAAGAAAGGGGACCUCGAACGGCAACUUCCAGCGUGCCGACUUGGCCUGAAAGUCAUGUGUGACUGCAUUACGUCGUUGCGCCAAGCUGCGGAAUGGGGCAUGGGUGCUGUCAGCAAAGUGUACCGUCAACUGCUCAUGCCCCUGGCAUAUAACCCAUCACUCCGUGCUAUGCGACAUGAGAAGCUUGGCCAUCAACAUCAUGUGCAACUCGUCGCGGCGGACUUGGCGGACGCGCUCCUCGGCACGCCAUUCCAUUUCUCUUAUGUGACGUUGUUCUUCUCGCUCAGUGGAACGCGCUUCCAUGAUCAUCAUCAUAGACAUGAAAUCUGA